CGGGACGAGGUUUAUUGCUUCAUUCCCAGGAACGUCGCUUCCACCUGCGAGCGAGGGUGAACAGCAGGCUGUGGAUUUUAUAUUUGCUUCCCCGCGAACCGAGGCUAGUCGGGCGGCUGUGGCUUUUUGGGAAGGAGCCCUGACCCGGCCCCGCUGCCUGCGAUGGAUUGAGGCGUGCCCGGCUGCGCCCCGAGCCCGGCCCCCGCCCGCAGCCCACAUAGAUGCGAUGGAAAAUCGGGGUCUCUUCUGCACCCUCGGUUACCUGAUGUUCCACGCUCCACUGCUGCUCAUCGUCACCGCUACCUUUACUGAAGUUCCCAAAGAUGUGACUGUUAGGGAAGGAGAUGAUAUUGAGAUGCCUUGUGCUUUUCGAGCCAGCGGAUCCACCUCUUACUCCUUGGAAAUCCAGUGGUGGUACCUUAAAGAACCAGCCAGAGAACUUGCACACGAAUUAGCCAUCAAUGUCCCCGGCAGCAGGAGCAAGGUAACAAAUAAGGAUGCAACCAAAAUCAGCGUAAGUGCAGCUUGAGCUGGGUGGUGCGCACCCUUCCUCCCACACCCAUGGGACUUCGCAUGCCCCCCUCCUUCCCCAACACCCAAAUGCAGUGGGUCACCCUGGCAGCCCGGCUCCUGCAGCAGGGCAGGCGAGUGGCACGGUUCCCCUCCGCGGUGGGUCGUGGCGUCACCAUCUGUUGCUGGUUUAGCAGUCACGUCUCAUUCCUCGCAGGCGGAGGGGAGGUGAUGCUUGCCUUCCAGCCCUGCC